AUGCCUAUUAAUCCUCCGAGGCAGUAUGUCUUUCUUUUGGCUGUUGAAGUCAGUCUGCACUUGUUGCAAAUCAUGCGUCUAGCAAGCACAGGAGACGCCUGUAUGACCGGUGCGUACUAUUUCACCCGUGGAAGAGACAUGGUUGAAAACCACGUCAUUCGAGGUCACGUGAUUGCCAACCUUACAGCUCCAGAGCCUUUAUUCUGCUUUGACGCCUGCCGAUUGGAAUGUCGGUGUAUCUCGUUCAACUUUAAACAAAGCGCACACCAGGAUAACUGCCAGCUGAACGAAGAAAACAGAUAUACUAACUUCGGUGCUUUGGAAUUUGCGGAGGGAUGGCAAUACUACGAUCUGGUUAUUGACUACAGCAUAAGAGUAAGGGAACAUGUACUUCUACCACAACCCUUUUCAGGACCCAUAAAUGACGCUCAUUCAUGACUUUUGAUGACAUUCCCCAGUUUUUAUUCGCAUGAUGAACAUGACUGAUGGUUUUGUAAAACGUUUUACUUUUCUUUUCGAAUUAGCAUGAUUUAUUCAAACUUGAGAAAUUUCCUUUUAAAAAUGUGCCACUUUGUAAAUCCUGACUUAUACCGCUCGAUGACUGAAUAGUUCACGCAUUUCAAUUUUCCUAGUACAGAGCAAUAAAGGGUACACAAGUUAGAGUGCCAUACCAUAUCAUGUGUAAGUAGACAAGGCUCUUAAAAUAAUUAUCCAUCUCCACCGGUUUGGCGCUGCUCCCGAAUUAAUCCCUUCCAGGAUUUUCAUCAAGAUUCCUGCAGGGAUUUCCCACAAGAUUCUCAGCAAAAUCCCUGCCAGGAUUUCCAUCAAGAUUCAAACUUUUGACAUGAAUCUCAGACAUAUUUGACGACACCUUUGUCAAAUCUUUGACCUGAGCGUUGGAUAAAUUUGACGACACUUCUAGCAAGAUUUUGACUUUAAUCUCAGGCAUUAUUUUACCCGCAACUUUGCGUACCUUUGGCUCGAAUUUCAGACAUAUUUGGCAACAUCUUUGAUAGGGGCACAAAUGCUAAUCAAAUAACACCCUUAGCUACCCUUCAAAGGGGAGGUGUAAAGGCGUGACAAAAGCGCCCUAAAUCGCCUGAAGACCAUUAUUUGUCGCGCGUCAAAGGUGUGCAAAUGUGGUCUUUAUCGAUGCUAGGUAAAUCCAUUAUUUCGUCCCCUGGAAGUUGAGCUAAGUAGACCCAUAACUAACUCGACCCUAAGAUCGACGAAGAUGUGAUGUUUUUUGUGCUCAAUGGGUCUAAUAAUUUUCCUCAAUUUCUUUUCAGCCCAAUGUUCCCGCCGUUGACUGUCAGAACGGCUGCUGUGAAAGCAAUCCUUGUCUUAACGGAGGAGCGUGUCACGAAACUUGUGACGUCAUCGGCAAACGUUUCAAUUGUGAAUGCGGUCUGCACUCUUAUGGAAAGCUCUGUGAAGCUAGUAAGAGACCUUAUUUUAUUAUUAAAAUGAUAUAAUUUUCUAUCCAGCAAUAAAAUACAGAGAGAACUGAGACGAGCUUUUGAUGUAGAGAUUUCUUGGAUCGUAUGGGUGGACAAGAGUAAGCUUUAACAGACCUUUUUACCGGUACGGCGGCCAUAUUGAAUUAAUUCGAUUUAAGGAGUAUUAUAGGAUGCCCAGGGGGCAUGAGCACAUUUCCCUUGUAUUUUCGAGCGCUUUUCGGGACAGUUGUUCGUAAAGUUUUCUUACAAUAAGAUUGUAAUGGGAAAAAAGAUCCUUGAGCCGUGUUUGGAUAUAAUAAUGAUCGCCUUUUUCCCGAGAAAUAUACAAUGAAAUACCAUAUUUCUAAUACUAAACUAGAAAAAGGCGAUCAUUAUUACAUCCAAAGACGGCACAAGGAUCUUUUUUCCAUUACAAUCUUAUUCUAGGAAAACUUUAAGAAAAAAUGUCCCGAAAAGCGCUCGAAAAUACAAACGAAAUGUGCUCAUGCCCCCUGGGCAUCCUAUAAUACUCCUUAAAUCGAAUUAAUUCAAUAUGGCCGCCGUAUCGGUAAAACGUCUAUUGGUAGAAGGCAACCAAAGGCAACCAUUAAUUACACAAUCGUUGUUCUUCUGUGCGUUCUGCUUCCAUCCAAACAACUCAGAAACUUUAUGCUGAGAGUUUGUACCAUUCUCCCUUUUAUUUACGUAUAGUGACGAUUUUUUCUUAAUUAACACAUUAUUAUUAUUAUUAUUAUUAUUAUUUUUACUAUUACUAUUUUGGCUUAAAUCGUAUCUUACUAGCUAAUGUUUCCCUGAUAGAACGAACUAUAUAAAAUACUUCAAUUUUUGAGAGGAAAGUUUACAAAAGAGGUACUAUAACCCAUAAGUUCUCUGCGUAACAGGCGUCAUCCAGCCUAGUACCUGGUAAAGAGCGCACGACAGGGACGGCAACCGCGACAACUUGCCGUCUUUUCAGCUUUCAAAGAAGUGCAAGUCCACAAAGUUUUAUCCACUUAAAGUACAAUGAGCUCUCCCCGUCAUUUUUAAAACGAAGUAACCCCUACCGAUGAACUUGAAGAAGUUCACUAACAUUCAGCUCGAUGAAAACGCGCCUAAAUUUAAAAGGAGGGCGGAGAAUGGAACACGAAUGGAAUUUGCUAGUUUUAAGCGAUUUAUUACUCUUUUUGAGGUUACAUUCAAUGUUACGGUUCUGAUAUGGCAAAACAUAAUCACAGUCAAAAAAAUGUCACUUAGUGAUUUGUCCAUUGUUAACAUGCCGUGUGUUUAGAGCCGGAAAAAUCUCGUCUAUCUAACUUUGAAAAAAUGCAGAUGAGCCAUUUCAAAAACCGUCAAUGUUCUAUUUGUUUUUGUUGUUUUUUUUUUUUCGCAGAAACAUGCACUACGCCUGAUUGGCUUUACUAUAAUAACUCGUGCUUCAAAGUGUUCACAGAAAAGGUAUCCUGGUUUGACGCGCGAAAGUCUUGCAACACUAUCGGCAGUAACCUUAUCUCAAUUGACAGUACAGAGGAAAAUAAUCUUGUGCGCCAAGAGAUAUCGCCAAUUUCGAUUUCGUCUGCCUGGAUAGGACUUUUCAACUUAAACAGUACAGAUCAUAGCUAUGAGUGGGUAGAUGGUUCCAUGGGGGACUUCAGAAACUGGGAAGAUGGUGAGCCAAAUAACGAUAACAGCGGUGAAAAUUGUACCGAACUAUACCGGGUGAACGGAAAAUGGAACGAUGAAUCGUGUUAUGCAAACAGGACAUAUGUUUGUGGCAAGAAAUUUAGCCCUUGA